GGGGCAGGCCCAGGCUGAGCGUGGCCUGGGGCCAAGGGCGUCUAGAGCGGAGGGUGAUGGGAGCUGCCUGUGCCUUAGGGAACACUUUUUAGGCGUUUGUUUUGUACUAUCGCUGGAACCCACCGCUGCAACACCCCCAAUUUCACAGCCAGCGUGAGUCAGCUGGACCGGCUGCGGGACCGCUAAGGGAAGGACAGGUGAGCGCCAGGUCCAGCUGGCCGCUGGGUGGAGCUGCGUGAGCCAUACUCCACGGCGUCCUGGCCACUAUACAGAUUGCACCUGGGUAUUGGCAGCCACCCCUUCGCCCGCCAAUGAAGUAUAUCCUGGUUACUGGUGGUGUCAUCUCAGGCAUUGGUAAAGGGAUCAUCGCCAGCAGCAUUGGGACCAUUCUCAAGUCAUGUGGACUCCGAGUGACUGCCAUCAAAAUCGACCCCUAUAUUAACAUCGAUGCCGGGACUUUCUCACCUUAUGAACAUGGUGAAGUGUUUGUUUUAAAUGAUGGUGGCGAAGUUGAUUUGGACCUGGGAAAUUAUGAAAGAUUCUUGGACAUUAAUCUUUAUAAAGACAACAACAUCACCACUGGGAAGAUAUAUCAGCAUGUCAUCAAUAAAGAGAGGCGUGGUGAUUACCUGGGAAAGACUGUUCAAGUUGUCCCCCAUAUUACUGAUGCUAUCCAGGAGUGGGUCAUGAAUCAAGCCAAGGUGUCCGUGGACAGUAGUAAGGAAGAUCCCCAGAUAUGCGUUAUUGAGCUGGGGGGCACCAUUGGAGACAUCGAAGGAAUGGCAUUUGUGGAAGCAUUCCGACAAUUCCAGUUUAAAGCAAAAAAAGAGAAUUUCUGUAAUAUUCAUGUCAGCCUUGUUCCACAGCCCAGUGCUACUGGAGAACAAAAAACCAAACCCACACAAAACAGUGUCCGUUCACUGAGGGGGCUGGGCUUGUCUCCAGAUCUGAUUGUCUGCCGUAGUUCAACACCCAUUGAGAUGGCUGUGAAGGAGAAGAUUUCUAUGUUUUGUCAUGUGAACCCUGAUCAGGUCAUCUGUAUCCAUGAUGUUUCUUCCAUCUACCGAGUGCCGCUUCUUUUGGAGGAGCAAGGCGUGGUUCAAUAUUUUAAAGAGAGAUUGGACCUGCCCAUCAGUGAUUGUUCAAGUAAUCUGCUUUUCAAGUGGAAAGCCAUGACUGACAGGUAUGAAAGACUGCAGAAGAUAUGCUCCAUAGCUCUGGUUGGUAAAUACACCAAACUCAGGGACUGCUAUGCCUCUGUGUUCAAAGCACUGGAACACUCAGCCUUGGCCAUCAACUACAAGUUGAAUCUGAUGUACAUUGACUCCAUUGAUCUGGAGCCAGUCACCAAAGCCGAGGACCCUGUGAAAUUCCAUGAAGCUUGGCAGAAGUUGUGCUUGGCCGAUGGUAUUCUUGUGCCUGGAGGCUUUGGAAUCCGAGGAACCUUGGGAAAACUCCAGGCAAUUUCUUGGGCAAGGACAAAGAAGAUUCCAUUUCUGG